AUACGCGCUCGCCUGCAAAUCCCAAAUUCCCCGCCAAAGAAAACGCAAUAAAUAUACAACAAAUUGAAAAGGUGAAUGUGUGUAACUGAUUAACCGCCAUCUGCCUCCGCAUGGACGCCGUCGUCAACUCAGCACUAGAAGAGAUAUGCUGUGGAGCGGCUGAGGGGCUCAAUCUCAGCGACCUAUGGGCGAAAAUCGGUCCAACUCUCGCUGCCCAUGGCCUCCCCAUCUGCCCGAACUUGAAGCGGGCAGUGUGGGAGAAUCUGGCUGAGAUACCGGAGCUGAAGCCUGUAGCGUGCAACGGCGCCUCCUCCAAGCUCUCUGAGGCCCUAGUUAAUUAUACAGCUGAAGAGUGCGAGCAGAUGGAUGUCAAAAUUGUGGCUCCCGAAGCGAUGAGGAGAAGUUUUCUCGGACUCUACGAUGUUGGAACCUCGGAAUCGUCUUUGGCUGACAUUCAGCGCUUCAUUCUCGAACGCCUCGCUGUUGCCCGGAACAAUGGGAUUGCUCAGAAUGAUCUUACCAAGGAAUUACAGAUUCCUGCUAACAACUUAUGCUACCAAUUUAAGACAAUUGAAGCCAAAGGAUUGAUAGUAAAGCAGCCAACUGUUAUUAGGAAGAAUGGUAGCAUUGUGUCCACGAAUAUGCUAUAUCUUGCUCGUUAUGCAAGGCAUUUCGGUUCUCAGCAGAGGCUUGAAAUCACGAGGACAGAUCAGAUGUUGAUGGGCGGGGAGGGUACAGACGGCCAUGAUGUGGUAAACGGAAUUGUGGCCGAGAGUAUAUCUGUGAAAGAUUAUAUACCAGCACUGAAAGCCAUCUGCGACAAGCUUGAAAAGGCUGAGGGCAAGGUUCUGGUUGUCUCAGAUAUAAAAAAAGACCUUGGUUAUAGGGGGCCUCAUGGUCACAAAAGUUGGAGAAUUGUAAGUGAUAUGUCACAGGUUGAAAGAUGCUCGAGUGGUAGAAGAGUGUCGUACAAUAAUCAAGAAUAAGGAGGUUGAUUGUUUACGUCUACUUCGAAAUUUCUCAACAUCACUUUUUGAGCCAAGACCUCAUGGACGUGGAUCUGAAGAUAUGGACAUAGAAGAAUCACAAAUUUGUCAAAGAGAGGACUAGUUACUGAAGA